AUGGAAUGGGCGGUGGGCAGCCCCCUGGUCAUGGACCCCACCAGCAUCUGCAGGAAAGCCCGGCGGCUGGCAGGGCGGCAGGCUGAGCUGUGCCAGGCCGAGCCAGAGGUGGUGGCGGAGCUAGCCCGGGGCGCCCGGCUUGGGGUACGAGAGUGCCAGUUCCAGUUCCGUUUCCGUCGCUGGAACUGCUCCAGCCACAGCAAGGCCUUCGGGCGCAUCCUGCAGCAGGCCCGGGUCCGGACCGGCUCCCCCGACGGCAGCGCCGCCUGGGAGUGGGGAGGCUGCGGCGAUGACGUAGACUUCGGGGACGAGAAGUCGAGGCUCUUUAUGGACGCGCGGCACAAGCGGGGACGGGGAGACAUCCGCGCGUUGGUGCAACUUCACAACAACGAGGCGGGCCGGCUGGCCGUGCGGAGCCAUACGCGCACCGAGUGCAAGUGCCACGGGCUGUCGGGCUCUUGCGCGCUGCGAACCUGCUGGCAGAAGCUGCCCCCGUUCCGCGAGGUGGGCGCGCGGCUGCUCGAGCGCUUCCACGGCGCCUCGCGUGUCAUGGGAACCAACGACGGCAAGGCUCUGCUGCCCGCGGUCCGCACUCUCAAGCCGCCGGGCCGCGCCGACCUCCUCUACGCCGCCGACUCGCCCGACUUCUGCGCUCCCAACCGGCGCACCGGCUCGCCUGGCACGCGCGGCCGCGCCUGCAACAGCAGCGCCCCGGACCUCAGCGGCUGCGACCUGCUGUGCUGCGGCCGCGGGCACCGCCAGGAGAGCGUGCAGCUCGAGGAGAACUGCCUGUGCCGCUUCCACUGGUGCUGCGUCGUGCAGUGCCACCGCUGUCGCGUGCGCAAGGAGCUCAGCCUCUGCCUCUGACGCGCCGCUCGGCGUCCGCGGCACCUCUGGACGCCAGCGAGGGUGCGGCCCAGCUUCGCCCAGCGAAAGCCCAUCUCCCGGGCUUCCGCGAACUGAAAGGCGGCGGGGGGGAGUUAGGCGCCAGCCCAGGAAGGCCCAGGGCUCUGGAGAACCGCACCGCCCCCCCCACCCCGCCAGGGAGCGCUCUGGAGGGCUUCCGGGGAGGCUAUGCAGUCCCUCUCGCUCUUUGGCCCCCAUAUGGAAACCAAAGAGCCAGUGUCUAGGCCUCUGGAUGCAGGACUCCUUAGAACUGCUGGCCAUGGGGUGGGUGGGUGAGUUUAGUAUCAAUAAAAGUAUUUAAACCAAUAGGACUGGGCCCACGGUUUGGGAGGGGAGCUGGCCUCCUGAGGGCUGCCAUGGGGCCAGGCUUCUGAAGGAGUGUGUAAAGGAAAAUGGUUUUGACAGAACUAGCAUCUCAGGGGUCAGCCAUAGGUCCCUAUCUUCCUACCUAUUGGAUGAGGCUCUAAACCGUGGUGAAGAGUCACCCUUGUCACACUUCUCCCGCCUGAAUCUGCGAGCUGGGGAAGACCUAAGCCAUCGCUCUUUAAAGGAACAGACUGAACAGGUCUAGGAAAAGAAGACCAGAAGCCUCUGGUAGUGUCCUCAGCUCUCAGAUCAGCCCUCAUCUUAAUUCUAGGGGACCGUGACGUCCUUAUCUGCCCUUCUGUUUCUGUGACCCCUGGGGAAUUCGACGGUAGACUUUUAGGGCCACCCAAGCCCAUAGGAUUAAAGCACUUUAU